AUGAGGACACCUUGCAAUCUCCUCAUCGUGAACAUAGCUGUGGGCGAUCUGGCAGUUGCUUCCUUAGGAGCACCUCUGAUGAUCAUCGAAGCGUUUGUGGGAUGGCCGUUUGGAAACUUUCUAUGCAGCGUCCUGCUUCCUCUUCUCGAAAUGUUUGUUACUGUAUCGGUUGUCACGCACACGACUAUCGCCCUGGAAAGGUUCCGUGCCAUUGUGCGACCCUUAAAAACGCGUUUAUCACUUCGAAACACCAAGUUCGUUAUCUUCGCGAUAUGGCCGGCGUGCUACGUAACUUCUGCGCUUCCGAUAGCCCCCAUUUUAAAGGUUCAAGAGAUCGACGGUUUGGAUCGGUGUUAUCCACAAUGGCCAUUUGAACUCUAUCGCCCGAUAUACCAAGUAUAUUUAGUGACAUUGUUCAUCGCCAUUCCCCUUGUCAUACAAACUAUGGCAUACUUUAAGAUCAUGAAGGCACUACAAAACAGAUUGACGCCGAUGUGUGCCAUCGCGUUAGACCGAAAUAUACUGUCUCGCGCGAUACAAUACCAAAAGCGCCGACGUGUUAUCAAAACUCUGGCGAUUAUGGUGUUUGCGUUUCAAGUUUGUUAUAUUCCUCGAGCGGUGAUGCUUAUGUUGUAUGAGUUUGGCAUAAAAAGCGUGGACUGGACCAGCUUCAAAUAUGCUGAUCUUGUGAUUCUUAUAUUCUAUUACUUAAAACACGUCUUGAAUCCGAUCAUUCUUUUUGCAUCAAGCAGAGACUUUCAACGCUGGAGCUGUCUUCAAAUUUUUUGCCGUUGAUAUCUUUGCAUGCGGCAGAAGAGAUCAUUCUUAAAAGCUCGUGACCUUUUGCACGUGGAUGUUUUUAAGACUGACAGAAACUUUUCGUCAACGAUUUAAUUUUUUUUUAUGAAUGGUUAAAGGUUACUUCGAAAACUUGACUUAGCGAGCAACACUUGACAAAGAAAUGAAACCAUUUAUUAUAAUCAAACAGAUACUGUUUUUCAUCGAAAAAACAAUGGUUAAAAACAUUUAAAACAACUCGGGAUGGUGUUUCCUUAGCUGUUUUGAGCUAUAUGUGGAUUGACAUGUUCGAUUCGGAUGGCCGGAUACGAUUUGAUUCCAUGGUUUUUGGUUUCCUUCUCUUUUCCACAAAAUGCCUUUUUAUGUGGUGGCGAUUGCGGUCGAAAUUAAGUUGUAAACUAAUACCAGAAUCAAAGUUUGAACUCUUAAAAGUUAGAAAACUAAAACCCAGAGGUGAAAAAGAAUAAAUCUGAGAUUGUCUGUCUGAAUUUAGCGAGGAAGGAAGUUUAUGUCAGAUGAAAGUCCUAUUACAUAACGCAUUAGACCUUUCAAUAACUUCAGUCUUCUGGGCAAACAAUUCACUAAAUUUUUCCUCCAGAUUAUCGCAGUCGUCAUGCUAUGGCGCUCUAAUUUGGCUAAUCUGUAAUUCUGCAAUCGUUAAGGGUAACAAUAGAGCAUGGACAGCGCAAUGAGACGCAUUUCCUUUGUUCAAUAUGUUAACACUUUGCAAAGUAGUUUUUUUUUAUGAUCACAUGUAUGGCGUUAUAGUGCACUUGCAGCAACUUGAAUCUCUCAGGGGCUUAACAGUUUCAUUCAAAGCUCGUUAUAGUCUUAAUUCCAUUUCUUGUGCGUGGCAGCCCCAUGUAAGUGUCCCUGAUUGACGCUGAAAACUUAACCCCAGCGAACUUUGCAUUCUUUUAGGACUCCGGACUACUUUCUUUAUGAUCGCCAGGAUUAUUGCGAUAUAUACCCAUGAUUUUAGAAACGAUUGAACACAUUAAGGCGAUCACAUUAUCCCGCUUCUAAAUUAUUUUAUUCCUUUGAACUUUUUGCGCCGUCAUGGCUGAUUUUCGGCGUUUAGCUCCGGGGGGUCGCAAAUCAGUCUGGGAUACUUGCAAGAUUCAAAGUCUAACUAAAUUAAAACUCCUCUGCCCUGAGGCUUUGUAGACAAAACCAAAUCGUUUGACAUCAAUUAUUAAUAGAUAGAAUUGCCACAAGAAUCUCGAAACAAUUCAGCUUUUAUGUGAAAUGUGUAGAGGACACUGCAUUAUAAUCGGUCAAAGAUGACCUAGAUUUAGCAUAGCCUGUUGUAUAGAAGUUAGAAGCGAAUUUAGCAAACGAGCAUACUGUGUAUAAUAUUAUGGUGGUGCUGUUUGUUCGUGCAACUUGCACAAUCGACAGACCACCUGCAGGUCUUUCAACUCUAUAGACGCUUCCGACUGACGUAAGUGAUGUACAGUAGGAAUGAACGCGAUGAGACUCGAUAAACGGUACCCAGACAGCGAUCGAGCGAAAGGCAUGCGCAAAUGGAUCAGCUCCAGCUAUCCGAGCACCCUGCACAUUUCAAAGGUAAAUUUAAGAAACAACCGCUGUCGCCCCCCCCCCCCCCCAAAAAAAAAGGGGGGGGUUAAAGGAAACAGAACGAGGGAAAAGACAACUCAAGACUUUUCGAAUACAAAGUUUAUCAGCUAUGGGUUUUCUUUUAAUUUCCCAUUUUGUAUCCGUCUAACAUGACAACACACCACCCCAGCUUUCUGCGGUUUUUGCGGAACAAGUAAACAAAUUGAUUUAGCCUGCUUGACUGUGUCAUGCAAGUGACAUCCAUUAGCAACAAACCACGUGAAAAAUCAAUUGAAGUGCACCUCUUAUCAAUGGUGAAUCAGCGAGAUUAAUGGUCACCAUUCAAAUUUUAGACAACCUGUAUUGUAAACAAUGUCAUUUCUCUUUAUUGUUCUGUCUUAUCCGCUAAUUAUCUUCCCACCCCCGCUUUGCAGCGGCUUUCAACAAACAGGUGAGCACUUAAUUAAUUCACCACAAUUUAACGCGAACAAACUUCCUUCAAGCUAUUAAUUUUUCACUCAAACUUCUUGUCCGACUUCAAACUUCUUUACAUACACGAAAUUAAAUAUGGCUUUUGAUAAUGGCUUUACAUAACUUUGAAAAUUGUAGAAAUCAUUUGUCUUUGAACAGUUUGAUAUAAUAUAUUAUACCAUGGAGGAAUUAAACUUUUUUUUUAAAUCAAGUUAAUGAAACUUUUCAUGUCAAUAAAACCAUAAUUUAGACUAGGAAGCGAGUAUUGGUCAAUUUCCAUAGCGAAUGGUUUCAUUCGCAUUUCGAAUUUUGAAUAGAAUACAAUUUUAAAUUUUUCUUGUUACUUAAUCUUGCUUUUGUCGCUAACACUACGUCGAGAAAGUUUGAUUUUAGACUGUUGUCUCUAAAAUGUUCACUCCUCUCUCGAGUGGUGGUGUGUCCUCUAGCCGCCUUGUAACAAGUUUUGUCGAUUCGGUUUCACUUUCUCUUCGCUCUCUCUUUUUACAACAGCCGAAAAUUAUUUCGAUUCCACUUCUAAAGUCUCCACUCAUCGUGAACAAAAUCAAUGGGUUUAUGACGUGUUUGAGAUAGUAUAGCGCCAAAGCUACAAGAUCGAUGUAAUAAAACGUAGGAGUAAUCAGUGAAGGAUCAGCGAAUUCUCGAUACAACAUCGUAACUCCUCGCGGAAGGUGACAAAUCUGAAAAGCUGUCACCAAAACCAGAAGCAUUUUCACCAGCUUUCGCUUCCGUUUCAUCCGCGCGACCAUUGCUGCGCACGGGGCGCUCGAGUUAAACGGAAUCGACGCGCCUGAAGCCGUUGAGAUUUUCCGAUCUUUUUCGGCUAUCUGAAGUAUAUCACUCUUUUUCCUGAGGGUUCGGAUGACGCUCACAUAGGCAUAACUCUGAAUGAGAAGCUGAGCCACGAUGAACACCAGCACCAGAUAGAUUUCAUAUAUUCUGCGAUAAAGGUCGGACCAAGCCGGAAGGCAAUGCAGAGCUCCCUUAAAGGGCUGCAACUUCAGCGGAAUCACCAGAGGCAGUCCGCUGAAGAUGUAGCAAGAUACCCAUAUUCCCAAGAUGACAAAUUUGAUCUUCGUCGCUGAUAGCCGGGGCUUGAACGGAGUUACAGUGGCUCUAUACCUCUCCCAAGCGAUUGUUGAAUGAGUCACCACCGAAACGCACACCAACACAUCUUGAAGUGGGACGAUAAGUCUACAAAGUGUAUCUCCGAAUGGCCAUCCCUGAAGGUACAAUUCAGCAAUUCUUAAGGGAGCAGCUAUUAAGGCGACACCUAGGUCCGCCAAAGCGAUAGUGCCAAUUAAAAAGCCACAAGGAUUUCUUAAUUGUUUCAAUUUUAAAAUCGUUCCAAGCACUGACACAUUGCCGAGAAAACCAAACGCAAAGAUCACAGAAAAGAACGUGAUGACCAUAAUUUUGUACGUUAGAGGGUCGAAGAGUUCACCUUGAUGCCCUCGUACACUGCUGUCAUUUCCUUGAUGCUUCAUGGUUCGAUUUGGAAGCGAAACUUCGGUGCUGGAGUUUCUUGAAGGCGAGGAUGCCAUUUAUUAUUUAAAGGAUUAGGUCGCUUCGUUCAAGCUAUCAAUGACUUCGGCGUAUCAUUAAUUUACGAGCUCGUUUUGUUUUCCAAAAAAUCCUGCCAUAAGAGAAAAGUAAAAUUGGUACUUGUGUCAAACUGAAAUAUUCAUGAGUAAUUAAAACUCAAACUCUUCUCCACGAACACAAUCUUUAAAUGAGGAAUUCCUGUUUUUCUUACGGUAAUUUUGCCCUCGGUAAUAUUCAAAAUUUCUUCGCCGGAACCCUACCAAGCGAACGUUUUGAAACACAGCAGUAGGAAACAUUUAUACGCAAGAAUAUUAAUCAGUUUUUGGAGACGCUAGCCUUGGUAAUCUUUGUAACGAUUAACCAUGCUUUAAAAAUCGCAAUCUGAUGUCAAUAUAGAAAAGAAAAUUGAACAGCGGAAAGAACGUUGCAGCGGACAGAAAUCGGCUAGCGUCAUGUGAAAUAAGAAAAAAUCAAGCUCGACCCCAUAAGGGGUUUUCUGAUGCGGAAGAAGUUUCCGGCAGUCUUCAAGACGGACGCUUUUGCGAAACCUGUGCAAAGCUAUAUUAUAUGAAAAAAUGGUUCAUGAUCUUCGACCGCUAUUUCUUACCUCCUUAUAACAAAAUUAUGUUGUCAUAAAAAAUUACUAAGGAAAAGAUAUAAAAUCUUUAAAAACCGUUUUUUAUCGUUUUUUCGCCGCUGUCUAAAUAAACAGCUGCGGUAAAACCCAUAAAAGACCGAACCGCUAAUAUACAAAAAAGCAGACUGACGUCAGGAGCAUCAUUCGUUUAAAUAUUUGCACUUUGCCCUAAAUCGCAUAAAGCUCUAAGAAAAAGAAACUUCCCCCACAAUUUCUUUAAAGAGGUUCAAUUAAAGUGUUUUGAAAUCGUUCUCAAAUUUACUUACUUAAUAUACUUGCGUCGUCUGCGGUUAUAAUUACGCUAACUUCUGGUAGGCCGUGAAGUUUAUCUUUUGGUUUAACACGCAGAAACAAAAUCAAUUUAAAACGCUUUUUUUUUUCUCCCUCUGUCGUUAGUGAAUGCUUUUGCUUAAGUUAUCCUACGGUACUAAAAGUUUAAACUACGCCCACCUCACAAGAUUUUCCAGUUUGACUAUCCGAAACACGUUGCUUCAGAGUUGGUUCAUAAUCCUCAUGAGUGAUUGGUGUUUGAAACGCUAAGUUGCCGAUGUUACGAGAAACUUAGCCACUGUGUGUUCAAUCCACCUGGUUCCAUUUCCUCCCCUAUUCAGGCUAUCUGUUAAUCAACAGAAAAGCGGCGAAUCAGCAUUCUUGGCCUUUAUUAUUUACCAGAGUCAGUUAAAGGAAAUGACGAUCGUAAACAUGGAAAAUUAGCUGCGGUGAGCCAAUUCUGAAAGGCAUGUUUUGUACGGGCUGCCGUUAGCUGACAAAGGAAUAAGUGAGUAUGAUUUCCGACUAGGGCCUGCAACAAUCCGUCUUUUAAUUUAUGAUAAAACUUUUAUUUUACAGCUAUCCGUCCUCUCUACGCGCUUACAUCAUGGUUUGUGUUGCGUUUUAAAUUUCACUUCAAUUCAAACUUUGCUCAACGGAGAUAGAUAAAAUAUUAUUAUUAUCACUAUCACUAUUAUACAUUCUUUCUCUCCCUUUGGUGGUCACCUGUAAUUAUGAAUUAGUAAAACCAUAAUUGUAUUAAAUCAAACAGUUUAAAAAUGAUUUAUCCAACAUAAACACGGUGACAACAUAGAGCGACCAUGGUCAAUGCUAAUUUCUUUCUUUAUUUAUUUAUUUAUGAUUUCUUGGCCGCGGCAUAUUGAUUAAGUUUAGUGUGAUGAAUUGGCCAUGCGUCACUCAAUAAAUUUUCUGCCUUCAAAAAGCCCUUCGCUUCAUAUUUAUUCUCCGUGACGAGUAACUAACUCAGCGACGUUAACAAAUAAAAAAAAUUUAGUGAAGACAGACAUAAAUCCGAUACCUUAAUUUUACAGUGUGUUUCCCAGUUUCCGGUCGUUAUACGUUAAGGCCAAAAUGUUUCCGCCCAUAUAUUUCUUUGGUUAUUUCAAUUUCCUCACAGUGGAGUAUUCCGAAAGAAAUCUGAAUAUCUCAGUAACCGAUGGAUAGUUUUGGCAAGCUUUUGGGCAAAGAAACUGCGGAGGACUAAGUAAUGUUAUCGAGUUGAGGUAAAGUUUUGCUGCUGAUAUUUAUGUGUUUCCUUUCACACCUACGUUACAUUAUAAUGUAAAUCGAGAAAUUUGGGAGAUUUCAUUGGUUGACAGUAUCAUUAUUUCAGUGUAAUAGCGGUAUAACAGCAAGAAUGGAUGAUAGAACAAGGUUUCCAUGACAAUACUGAACACAAUUACGUCUUUGCUUUUGUCUUCAAAAAAAUUGCCGGUAAGAUUCCGGGAAAUCACCGGUGAGGAAAUACAAAAGCUCGCCGUAAAAAGCAAUAAACAAAAAUUCAAUCAAAACGAAUGAGACGUGAAUGGAUUUUGGUAAGUCGUGGGCAGAAAGCAAGGGUCUUAACGAUGACAUUGUCAAAUACGAAGUUAAAGAACAGGACGAAUCGUCCCUCUCGAUUCUGUCCCGAAAUUCGCAAAAGCGAUUGUAGUUUGCCCAUUCAGCGCAACCAUACAGCGACUCCAGCCUGCCAAACAGUAGUCCACCACUUUCAUGGUCAGGUGACGUUAAAUUACGUAGCUGGUGUCGGUGUUUAUUAAUAGAGCAGCAAUUAAAAAGCUUGCUUGUAGCAAACCGAAUUUGUGGUUUCGCUUCACCGCUGCAGUUACUACAAAAACCGUGAUGUAAAACUUUCUUUCAUUAAAAUAUUUCAUGUUAUUUGCCUUCAUUGGUUUGUACUGUUUUCACAAAAAAAACUGUCCAUUUUUUUUGUUCAUCGAGUUAAAAAGAUUUUUACGGAUGCAGACGCCUUUGUUCGUUUUUGUAACCGUAACGAAAUAAAAUUAUCUUGGGCGUUACCGAAAAUGUCUUAGAAAAUGUCUACUAUUAAAAAAUAAUAGCAUGACCUGUAUUUUUCAAUAACAACGGCUCGUAAUAUUUCAAAAUUGUCAAAAAUACCACUCACCGCCUGGCGGCCCGUGGUAUUUUGGAAAAUUUUUAAUAUUAUUCACGGUGUUAUUGCCAAAUAUCACUACAAGUCAUGCUCUAACCUACACUAACACACUCAGUUGGAAAUAUAAGAGAGGCGGAAUGUUAGAUUUAAGAUGAAAAUGCGCAGCGAACCGUUCUCAUAGACUAGUUUAUCUCUGUUAUCUAGUCUAAGAAGAGAGAUAUUAGCAACAAUUAAACUUUGAUCUGACAGAUAAUUUUCCGGUCAAUAAAAAGUUCAUUGCUCAAAAUCUACUUUGGAGAAUUUUUAUGAACUGAUUGCAUAAUUUCCAAAUUAAUUUGUGAUGUGGUUAUAUGGAGAAAGAGUGCACAAACAGCGAUUACCAAACACGACCCACUUCAGGGAUGUUGCUUGUCCCCUCACCCCGCAGAAAUGGUUUUGCUUCGAGUGUCUAAAAUACGGUCGCUAAAUAUCUUUGCGAAGAAAUAAAGAGAAAAUGAUUUGAAGUGCAUCUGCGAGCUGGCAUCCCGAUUUUCUUCCCACAGCGGUGAUGAUGGCCAGAAACUGGACUAUACAUACAGUUGACCUAAAAUUGACUAACGUAGAAAACAUUCGUCAAAGAAACAUUACUCACAAGAGGCGUGGAUAAAGAGGCGUAAAUAAAAUGAACCGUCUGUUCUCGGAAAAUUUGAUACUAUCUACAAAAUGAUGGAAAAUUAUGGUGAUUUCAAUCUAAAGUAAUCGGAAAUUGGGCAAAUCAAGGAUCUUAUAAUUAAGGAUAGUUUAGUGUUAUCAACUGAGUUGAUAACGUAAAUUGGCCACCGUAAAGUGUUUCAAAGCUGAUGUUUCGGGCGUUAGCCCUUCGUCCGAGCGAAUGGAGGUAUUGUGGGUUGUGUGUGUGUUUAUAUGCAGAAAAUGGAGUUAGUGUGGAAACACGAGGACGAGAAACAAGAAUAAAUUAAUUAGUUGAAGGAUACCUUGGGAAUUAUGACUUCCGAUUUGAAAGAUAAUUUUUUGGUCUAGCAACUGCUCUCUCCGUCUGCUCUGAAAAACAGUUCUAGUAGCUCUAGGUUAAGUUGAUCUUGGUUUGCUAUGCUGUAAUUUCUGUUUUUUCACCAGCUGGUACAGUGCUCUGUCGCGCUUUGUAAUAAAAUUGUCGCACUUUGUAAGACCUGUCGCACUUUGUAUGGGUAUUAACCGAUAAUUUCGAGUGCAAUUUGGUGUUAAUAAACGUGAGUAAAUUUUCCAAAGACAAUAAAAUUGCACAAGCUUGUAGGGGCAAGUGCAAUUUGUAGUUUUUGAAAAAUUUGCAAGUACUUGUUACAUCAAAUUGCAAGAGAAAUCAUGUAAGCACUUGUUAAUAAUGUACAUGAAAAAACAUCAAAGAAAGUCAAGACGGACCAAAUUUUGAAGCGUGCGCGCGCGAUUUGCAGUUUGCACUGUUUUAUAACUUUGCACUCGUGUGACAUGAGAAUGCACUCGUUUUCAGCAAGGAUGGUGGCAAGGAUUGGCAAGGAUGAUGGCUAGUAUUGGGUCUUCGUGCUCUCCGACCGUCUGGACCAAGUUUAUUACAAAGAGUGACAUUUUUUGUUUUUUUUGUUUUUUUACAAAGUGGUCUCUACAUAGAGCCACAACUUUUUUAGUACAAAGUGCGUGCCGAGAAGCUACGACGAGCAUAACAAAGUGAGACGAUUAUUGCAAAGUGCCACAGAACAAGUCUGCAUUUUUAUUUCAUGUAGAUGUCGAUACGGCUACAAAAGAUAAGAAGAAGACUUGUUUACAACGUCAGUGUUUGCAAAUGAAAGCCUCUACUGAUCAGGAAGACAUCAAAAUUUAAAUGUUCGAUAGUGGGUGUUGAAUGUUGUGCACACUCAUUCGUAUCGAAACAACAGAAAUAUUGCAGCAACUAAUCAACUGAAAAGAGCGUACUUCUUGUUUUCGAGCGUAAUUAAUCCGUAAACUCAGGUCGAAAUAGAACACUGAUAACGACUUCAUCGUAUUUAAAUAUUCCUCAAAAACCGGAUCUUACUUUGCUCUAUUUGGCCUUUUCGUGUUUGGAGCGGUAAUUUUUAGUUGAGUAUUGUAUAGAUAUAGACAAUACAUUUCGAUUAAGUAGAUAUUUCCACCAAUUUAUUCGGGUUUAAUUUAUUUUAAAAUCAGUGGUACAUAUAGUACAUAACACCAAUUUCUCUAGGCGGUUUUCGAGCGCUUCGUAGAAAGUUAAACUUGGUACAAAAGCGCGCCUAUAUUUGUCAUCUGUGUUUUGUUUGUGGCGGCCUAGGUGCUGAAAACUUUCGUUCCACGAUGGCCUCCUCAUUGUACAGUUCAAAGCCAGGGGAAAAUGGUAAGAACUCAACAAUGAAUGGAAAAACAUACAAAGGCGAAUCGCACACCAUCUCGCUUCUUAUCAAGAUCAGUGAUUUUUUUAAAUGCACUUUUGACGACUUUUUAUCAUCAUCAUUCAAGAACUUGGUAGUGCUGCUAUGAAAAUACUAAGAAGACGUCUAAAUAUCGCCAAUUUUUUGGUUAUGAUAAGAGAUUUAUUGAAGUAAAGACUAGUAAAAAAAGGUUCAGGUGAGAAUUAUUUUCCGAAGUCUCGAAGUCGGUGAUGCCCUGAUUGUGAACAGCAAAGUGGCAACUCAGGUGAACUGGAAUUUCAGAAGUUUUUAUAAAAUAAAUAGUAGCCAAGCUAGCAAAGAGCUACCAUUUAGCCGUGAUUGAUGUUAUGUCGUUAAUUUGGUGUCGCAAUUUUACCGAAACGUUAAGAGAUUUUUUUUCUAAAAAUAUCUCCAAACCCCCCGUUAUCAGAAUCAAAAAAAGGUUCAUUGUAAUAUAUAUAAAAAAUAAACAGGCAUACAAAAUACCGUAGAAUAAGAAAAAAAACCAACACUAGAUUCGUUUUACACCGUUUUUGAGAGGGUGUAUGAACGAAGAAAAUAUAUCCAGCCAUUUUGCAAACGCAAAUGCAUACAUUCCGAUUUUUAUUAUUUUUCGUACAAUUUAUUAAUUUAUUUUCUGGUUGUUUCAUUUUGUAUUUGCCGAUUGCAUAGCAGGGAUUCUAGUUUCUAUAUUGGUCACCACUGUGAUAUUUUUACAAUCCAAAGCUGCACCGACAAACCCCGAGGUAAAAUUGCACUUUAAGUGAUGCAGCUUCAACUGAUUGAUUACACAACCCCAUCACUCUCGGAAAAUCACAGAAAAAGCAACUAAAAUUAAAAUUAAUGAAAGAUUAUGAAUGAUUAUUACUGAGUAACGAAAAAGAACCACGUUGUAAUCGGGUUCAGUGCUUUGGGGAAACCUGCAAUCAAAGACUUUGGAACAAUCUCGGAUGGUGGUUAACUGAUUUGGCUUUAGACGCGCAACGGUCAUUAUCACAAUCCGUUUUUUUCAAUUUUUCCUUUCAGGUGCUUUACAUUUCCUUCAAAUUAUCGGAGAAUUUGGUAUUAAAGGGUCUCUAGCAGAUAUGCUUGUCUCCUCUGGUCACCUUUGUAGUGAAUAUGUUUGUGUCAUAUAGCACACUGUUUGAAACACAAACCCAAACACCUAAUCUUGUCUGUCCUUGUUUUGCCUAAUAAAUAUGCGCAUAUUUGCAAAUUUGUAACUCGCUUAGCGUGCCGUGUCAUGCAUGACACGCGCGCGUGCCCGUGCGUUAACCUUGGUGCUUUUUUCCCCAUGGCGGGUCAUUCGGAUCACUUCGAAUUCUUGUAUACUAGUGAAAAAAGGUAAAAGCACGACUACUACUGAUACAGAACUGGCUUUAAAACGUGUUUGCAAACAAACAAUAGGAAGUAAAACAAAAUUGAAUCGUUUAAGUUGGGACAUUCUUUGCAACUUAUCAACCAUUUCACAUCUAUUUUAGGAAAUUUAAAUUUCUUGGAAUGAACAAGAGCCUUUGAUCUGUUUUUUUUUUGUUUUGUUUUUUUCGGAUUUGAAGUACAAAUCUUUCUUAGAAUUUUUCUUUUUCCUAUAUUCCAAUUUUGUUUAUUCCUAAAGCAAUUUCCUGAGUAAGCGUUUUUAUCCGAUAAGAGAGAUUUGGUGGGCACAGGGGGUUAGCGAUUCUUUCGUCAGUCACAGUCACAGUCACUGGGAAAUAAUUGAAAAUAUACGUGCAAUGGUUGAAGAAUUAAAUGAAAAAAUUCAUUGAUCUAAUUCUCUUUGUAUUUUGAAGAGAAAUAAAAACACCCCAAAAGAUCAAGGUCGACAGGUUUCUGCAUGAUAUACGCGCACGUGUGCCAAAAUGUUUCAUAAAAAAAAUUUUCCAAUCAUUUCGGACGUCCUUACAACAUAUUCUUUGGUUCUCUAAACUUAACAUUCACACAUAAUAUACUGAUGACUGAAUACCUAAUAUUUUAUGUAUAUGACGGAACUAAGUAAAUUAGUUUUCAUGGCUUAGUUUUACCGAGCAGCUUAGCAACGAUUCGUUUUAAAUUUCGAUAAAAAAUCAUUCAAGUUGAAUUUCAUCUUUCUUUUUCAGCAACACAUCCAAGGGUUUGGGGUCGCAGUUUAAAUUCUAAACUUCUGUCAUAUAUGUGAGAGGUAAGGUUUUAAAUCCGCUGGCAUCGUUUGUUAUAUUAAAUUUUAAACAAGCUGAUUACUUUAUUGGAAAACAAAAUCAAGUGGUUAAAAUGACAACCUGCUGGGAUUCGCGGCGUAAAUGAAUAAAUGUCUAGUGCAUGAAAUUUUAUUUAUGUUCUUUGCGUGAUCAAGCUGAAAAUUUAAUUCAACUGUUUCUGUAAUCUAUCUCCAACCCUGAAGUGUCAAAGAUUUUUAAAGUGGAUCGUACGAAAUAAGGUACCUAAAACUCAUUAAGAUUAUUUUUGCUGCUAUUAACCUUCAUUGCAUUUGCAGAUCACCACUUUUUUUUUUUUUUGCAGUCUCCAAGCUAGUAAUAACCUAAUGGGCUGCGUUCUUUUUUUCGUUAGCAACGGUGAGAUCUCCUCCACGAUGGUUCACCCAUGUAAACAGCCUUCUGCUUUCAAAACAAUGGAAGUCACGGAAAAAGCUUUUAGGCAAAUCGCGAAGUAAUUGUUCUCCUCACAAUAACAAUGAUCUCACAAAGUAAUUAUUCCGCCGACGUAUUUUCGUUUUCAAUUUCAUGAACCGGUAGAUCUACUGUUUGGAAUUUGAAAUUAUUAAAUCCAUCCAGCAUAUUGACAUUGAUUUUUGAAAAAUUUGACGCUCUCUGCGUGCGCCUGAUAAUGUGCCUAAGAUUGUUAUUUCGCGUCGGCAAGAAAACAGACUAUCGCCGCAAAAACUCGGAAGUCGUUUAUCGGAGCAUUACAAUGAAUUUACGCAUUUAAAAGAUCGAUUUCAAUCGCUUUCUAUUCAAUCCUUUGUUGAUGAAUUGACGACACCGUUGUGAAUAGUUUCCGCCACGAAAACGCGAAGCUUUUCGUCUUCGAGCAUUGAAGAACAGUGCGAUUGAAAGCCCAUUUGUUUCAGUGUUUGAAACGCAGAGCGGGACCCCAGCAUGGAUGUGAAUUCGUCUUUACCCGACAGUAACUCGACGACUUCCGAAGACCAGCCAGCAGUAUUACCCACAGUACUUUUUUCGUUUGUAAUAGCCACUGGUUUUCCAGGGAACUUACUGAUCGUGAUCGCGAUCAUCGGUCGCCAGCAGUUAAGAGCCCCAUGUUAUUCGUUGAUCCUCAGCAUCGCUGUGGCCGAUCUUGGCAUGGCUCUCAUUGCUGCCCCUCAGCGGAUUAUUGAGAAUUACAUCGGUUGGCCUUUUGGAAGUUUCAUGUGCAAUUUCCUCGCUUCCAUUCAAGAACUCUUCGUCAGUGUUUCGGUGAUGACACACACAGCCAUCGCUUUGGAGAGAUACCGCGCAAUCGUGCAGCCGUUUAAAGAGCGAAUGAGCUGGAAGAUGGCAAAGAUCACGGUAGCUGUCAUUUGGUUAGCCUGCUAUAUAAGCGCCGCUUUGCCUCAAGCUGUUAUGCUUGAUCUCUAUCAAGAACCCGACGGGAAAGUAUACUGCAUUCCGGAGUUCCCAUCCGAUGAAGUCCGCCGCGUGUACGAAUUUUACCUCGUAAUAGUGUUCAUCGCAGUACCUUUAUUCAUCCAGUCAUGGUGUUACGUAAACGUGUUCAUGGUUGCCAACCGUGAACUGGACCGACUUACCAAGAAGAACUCGAUCAGGAAAGAUAUCCUUGAACGAAGCAAGAAAAAGAUUCGCUUGGUCAAAGUCUUGGUGUCUCUUGUAGCAGUUUUCCAGUGCUGUUCAAUUCCUCGAGGUGUGUUGAUGCUGAUAAGAGAAUUUGAAGGCGACGAAGCGAUGGAGGAAAACCAGUUUUACUGGUAUACCGACGUAAUCUCUCUUUUCGCUUAUUAUAUCAAACAUAUGAUAAACCCUGUUAUUCUUUGGAGCACAAGCAGCGAGUUUCGAUUUUGCUGUUGAAAGUAAUCUGUCUUUUUCUCCCGAACUGGGAAAAGAUGCAUGCCAUUUUUGCAUUCCUAAUUGUGGUGAAAACUAAAAAAAAAAAAAAAAAAACCAACAAAAAAGUCAAUCAAUCAAAACAAAAAUAGAAAACUUUUAAACUCAAACAUUCAAUUACUCUAGUCUUUGUCACCUUGAGCUGAACAAUGCAGCAGAAAUAAAGGAAAAAAUAUUUAGACGCCGCUUGAAGAUUUAAUGCGGCGCCUACAAAUUUUUGCUGUUGUUAUGGUUUUUUUUGUUUUCCCAGACGGAUUAAGCUGGAAUAAGAUGGAAUUCUUGUAGUUCAUCAGUAGGCACUACACACUUUAAAAGCGGUUUGUACAACCUAAACGACAACUCAAAAAAGCCUUGUAAUUCGUUCGAUUCGUGUUCAUUUAUCAGUAAAAUGAUGUAGUUUGUAGUGUUAUUUUAAGUUCUCCUCUGACUGCAAUGAAGUAGCUGUUAUAAGAACCUCAUAGGAAUAAACGAGGUAUUAUUGUAAUUUAUGACAGAUCAUAUUUUAAAGAACAAGGGCAAAUUGGGUUGAAAUUUCAGCCUUACUACUUGAAUUUGCUGAAAGAAUAACUGUACUCGCAAUGAUUGAUCAACUAACUAGCAUCAUUCAUUUCUCUGUUAACCAGUCAUUCAGUCUGGAAAAUUUGAAAUUAAACAGUAUUUUCGAUAGUAAUUAUCUACAUUCUCAAUGCCGGUAAGCUCGACAGUUUUGGUAGAAUUCGACGGAAAAUUUCCAUAAUGAUAUCGGGAAUCCGCUCUCGCCCUAGUCUACGCUCAUCUGUCUCUCAUUGCAAACUUCUUUCCUUUAUGACCUUGAAUGACGUUAUAAGAAACUGAGUAGAAACUUAAAAAGUAGUGUUAUUGAGCGGAAUAUUGUCAGGUAAUUAAAAAAAAACGCCCUUUGGGUCUAUCGCGCAAAUAUUAAUGCGGUGAGGAACACGCAACGAUUCCGCUCCGAUAAGCAUAAAUUAACAUGCUAUAGAAACCUUGCGCAAUAAGUGGAGAAUGGAUUUGCCGUUAAAUUCUAUCACUGCGAAAAAAGGAAGGUAUGAUAUUGAAUCAAAUCACGGGUGUUCAUAGUUGAAUAACCGGAACAAUUUUGCAUGCAAUAAAAAAAAUAUUUAUUUAUUGUUUUUAUGUUCCUCAAACAAAAUGAUGAAGAUAUCCGAACAUUUAUAUUUCAAAUUAACUUACGUUGGUAUCAUCCAUAAAAGUGGACCAAGAACGAGGGGAGAUGUUACAUCGAGAAAGAGCAAGCCUUGCUCACACUUAGUUUGACGUGCAAGAUACUUGAAAUGUGUUGAAGUGAAAAUUUGAGAAAUUCUUGUGCUUUAUAAAACACCUGCUCUGAUAUUUGUACAUGUAAUGUUGUUACUCUCGGGAGCUUUUUUCUUUGAAAUCAAUCAUUCUGGGAACUUUCACGAAGGAGGCAAAGAUUUAAAUGACCCUUCCGUGUUUUUUCUUCUUUAAAUUAAUUUCCUUAUUAUUAUUUUACAACUUACAAGGAUCAUUUUUAGGGCUGAUGUAAUAAAGAAAGUUUAGUUAGUUAGUUUAGUUAGUUGUUCUUAAAUAUCUUGACGGUUUAUUAGUUUUAUGUCAGAGCUGAGGCUACACAGAGAAAAAAAAUAAUUUAAUGGCUACAAAAGUCUCCCCUUUCAUUUAACUUUUUGUUGCACGAGAUCAAUUUCUAUUCAGGAUAGAAAAAACCUUUCACAUCAAAGUGCAUUAACGCCUUAAUCCUUAAACAGAUGGUCAGAAUUAUUGGUCAAAAUGAGCGGCAUUCAAAACAAAACAAGAUUAAUUAUCAUAUCUUUCAAUAACAACUACUUCUAAAGACUUUUCAAAUAUGGUUGUUGUUAUUGCCUAAUUGGGAGAGAAUUAUUUUAUAAUUAGUUAUGCAGACUUAGUUUGCGAGAGUCUGUUUGGCGCCUCGUUAAUUCCCCAUGCAACAAGUAGGUUAGAUACUCGACACACCAAAGGACCUGUGCAUUAUGAAAGCUUUUAACAAGGUAUUUAAACUCCCUUCUCAACGGUUGUUGUUUUGAUGAGUUAAUUACGGUGUACCAUUAAGUCAAUACUUGAGCUGAUUUAAAUUACCAACUGUUGUGACAAAAACCUGUUUUAUUAUUGGGUUUUAUUAGCAGUGCUCUUCAUCUUAUCUUUUUGUCAUAGCAAAUGAUCCUUGGAAGAUUUCGUCACUAGUAAAAAACACAUAAACUUGUCUAAUUGUUCAAGUCCCGUGUUUUCUCAAUCAGUUCGAGUUCUCUUAUUUGACUUGCACUGUACGAUGGUCAUAAUUAUGUCGAUGCGAAAACCUUUCGUGAAUCCUUUUCUUUCAUAAAACUAAAUCCAAAUUGUUCGAUCAAAACUUGAGAGAUAGGAUUCUCAUUUCUUUUAAUCUGGCUCACCAAACAAAUGAAAAAACAGGCCUAGUUUGUGAAACGAAGCUUUACAUUUUAUGGAUGACAGAGUUCUUGUUAUAAAGGUCGCUGAACUGCGUAAAUUUACUUAUUGUAUGGGAUGGAUAUGGCUAUUGUGUUGUAACCAAAGCAAUGGUUCUAGAUCAAGUUUGCGCAUUUUUGCAAUGUUUUGCAUCAAAAUUCCUUGCCAAAACGACAACUUGCAAUUUGAACUUUUCUUGGAACUAUACUCUUCGCUGUUCCGAAGUUUACCGUCGCACAGAAAUUUAUUUCACCUAGACCAGGACAAAGGUCUUUCGGAGGAAAUUGGUCGUAAAGUAAUUAUAACAGUGUAUUUCAGGUAAAGCUAGUUGUAUCUUCUGCAUCAUCGAUGGCGUCGAUAUUCACGUUAUUCUCUUCAUCUCGUCUUGGUUUGAGCAAAACGUUAUAGGUAUGUCCUGCGAUUUCAAAAAAUGCCAAAUAAUCAUAAUGAUAACGAUAAUAAACAGCAGUAAUGGCAAUAAUAUAUCUGAGAUACUGUGGACAUUCACUGUAAUCGGUGCUCUUUACUAAAUGGCUUUGCAAAGUCGGGUUUUUUUUUGUAAAUAGACUACGUUAAUCAUAGUUACCGUAAGCUUGGAGAAAGACAAAAAAGGGGAAAGACCGGCUAUGAAGUGAAAUUGGAGACAUUACGGAAUCUUGGACAUUCCACCGAUAUUGGCUUCCCACAUUCUACAUCAACGUUAUAAAUUACAGCAUUCAGGGGUAAGGAAACGAUUUGUUUCUGUCAGUUAUUUAGGAGCAGUUUUAAUAUUCUGCGUAAAAACUAUGACGGACAGUAAAUAUGAAUUCCUCAACUUCUUGCAAUUAAUAUAGCACUGACCGUGAGGAAACGUGAUGACAAUCCAGUGGUGCGACUACUACGCUAGUGUUCAGCUCGUCUACAUGUUCACAUAAAAAUCUUCAUGGUAUUACCAACGGCCUAUCCUUCUCCAAGUUUGGGUUCUAGCGCUCUGAUUGGCUUUUCGCACCAUUUCAAGACUUUUAAGCCAAAGCUGGUCAUUUACAAGAUUUGUGUCGACUUUUCAGUGACUGAGUUUUCUUUUCUAUUCAUAGCUCAACUGUUCAGCUCAACUAAAGCCCCCACUUACGCCAAAUAUACUUGCUUAUUACUUAGCGGACAUUGUUCGUUUUGAGAAAGGAAAGUUUCCCGGAAAGCGAAGCUCAAGUCAGUGAGCUUCGAGGAGUAAAUAAUGUCCAAGGACAAAUACAUAACCACAUUUUCGCAUCAAAUGGAGGCUAUUGUGUUCAUUAUCCUUUAAAUAUUUUGCAAUUAACGCACGGGUAAAAAUUUCACUAACACCUUACUCUUUGCUGCGUGGGAUGGUAACUUUUCAGACUUAAUGAAAAAACAGGUACGACUUAAUGAAAAAAGAAACAUGUCCCUCUUCUGUAACAAACACAAAAUGCUCUCUCGUCUUGCCGACUAGAUUUUAAACGAAGACUUAUCGUAAUGGACGUAACGUUUGAAAAUUAGGGAAUAUCACGUGGAGUACAUUCUGGGCUAUUCCCCUGUUUUAGCUGAGGAAUUUUCGGAUACACUAUGCGUCUCGACCAGUCGCGCGCGAGCAAAGAAAUCUGAUGGAUUGUAAAACUUGGCAUUCCCCAGGUUUAGCUGCGGCAUAUUUGCAUUGGUCAUAUGACGCGUCAAACCUGAAUCCUGCACGUGCGAGAAUAUAUGAUAAACUAUAAUCAUGUUUUUCUCAAAUGCGAUCUAAAAUCGCUGCUACUGGCAAAUAUAAUCAACGGAUUGAGGACAUGCUUCAUAUAAUAUAGUAUCAAUGCAAACACAUCCAUGUACAUGAAUACCCGACUAUUAGAGAGAUCACUAAAUUCUCGUAUCGUCAUCAAUAUCCCACGCGGAAUAUAACAAACUUGAAAAACAACAACCAGUAUGAUGAGGGUCCUAACAAGACUGUUUCUUCGUUUAUCGCGAGCCAGGUCGAAGGAUCUCUUUUGCCAUCGAAGAGUUUCUCGUCGAUCAUGUGGAAUAUUUUUCACCUGGUCAGUUUUAUGAUUGUCAUCUUCGAGUGCAUCACCUUUGCUUUCCUGAGCCGCGAAACGGAGAAAAAUAUUUUCGCUUACUUUUUGGCCCAUGCAAACAUACGCCCAGAUUUGAACGCUUAUAGGCAAAACAAUGAAAACGACAACCAGGUAGACUUGAAAGAAUUGACGAAAUGUUGUCGACGGAAAGUUGAUUACGCAGAACAUUUUACCGUUGUACGGUUGUAUGCCAGAGAUGACUGCAAUGGGUAGAGCUGUGGCGAAAUAACAGCUAAACCAAGUGACACAAAUCACGGCUCUAGUAACAGUCAAUGUUAUUUUUUUCAUCAUGGGUUUCACAAUUGCUCUGUAUCUCUCCAAAGCUAUGGUCGUGUGAGUAACAACGGAAACACAAACAAACACAUCCUGAAGUGGGGUCAAAAACUUGCACAUAAACUCUCCAAAAGGCCAGUGAUAAUAAAUUUCCAAAAUGCGCAAAGGCGCUGCUACAAAGGCAACAGCGAGAUCGGCAAUGGCGAUGUUCAUAAUUAAAAAAUUACACGGAGUUCGCAUUUCUUUCCAGCGAAGGAUCGUUACGAUAAUCAACAAAUUUCCAAUGAAUCCACCAAAAGAUAUAAAACUGUACAGAGCCGUUGCAAUGGCUAAAAAUGGCCCUUGUGGAAACACCAUUUCCUGAUAACGUGCCAUCUGAUGAAAUACAGCCCCCGAGGAUGACUUAAACUUAAGAAUCUGUGAUUUUCAAUUAGUGAGCGUUAAUCUACUUUGCUGCACAAAUAAGAAAAUAACACCUUACUGAUCGGAAAAGCUCCAGAUUCGUUUAACCAUAGCUAUUGGUCAGUUUACUUUCUUGAAGUGUUGAUUACAAGACCACGACGUCCACGAUGGCGAUUUUUUGUAAUUAAAAAAAAAUUACAUGGGGUCCGCAUUUCUUUCAAGCGAAGAAUGUUAAAAGUAAUUAAAGAAUUUCGAAUAAAUCCACUGAUAGAAAUAACACUGUAAAAAGAUUAUUUCCUUACCAAAGUAACGCCUUCGCGGGAAAAGCUUUUCUUGUUGGCUUUUCAUGUGAGGGUGGCCGGACAACCUUAGAAGAUGUCUUAACUGAUUCAGCAAUUGUUAUUCCUGCAGCAUUAACCUUCCUCGUUGUGUACAACGUAAUAACACGUUAUCGACCAGGACGGCUAUAGAUAUCAUCAAUGAUCGGCUUACUGCGUUUGAAAAGUGUUAAUUAAAUGACCAGCGGAUAGACACAAAAUAAUGUUUUUGAAUUAUUGAUCACUGCGGUAAGAAACAUUUGAAGCGAAAGAGAAACUUAAGGAUAAUUUAUAUGAUUGAUAACUGUCAUAGAUUCAGAAUUUAAGCUGCCUCGUUUGAAGAACAGGAUAAUAACACGUUGCCGGUCUGGAAGACUUUAGAUUCCUUUCACGAUUGACGAGUUUGCUUUGGUAAAGUGUUAAUUAAAUGAAAAACAGAGAACACAAAGAAAAUAUAACAUUUCUGAAUUAUUUAACACUUCCGUAAGAAACAAAAAAAAAAUCACAAAAAAAACAAAUUAGAAUUUUAGUGCAUUUUCAAAAGGAGGAGUACGGUAUUAGUUUUAGAACUUAAGAGGAAAAGAACGUUUUCAAAAAUAAUUUUAAAACGUGGCCAUCUUUUUUUCGGUAAAUACGUGCAACAAGAAGCGAAAACUAAGGCUUUCUUCCGCGCUUCUUUCCCGAGACACCUGGGCGCCUUAAGUGUAAAGUGUUUCGCCACCAGUUUUUUGGAUCUACUGUAAAUAAGCGCUUUGAUUUUAGAUUCCUAGAAAUGACAAGAAAUUAUUCUAGUGCGACGUACAACAGGAUAAUUCCAUCUUGAGAAAUUUAUCAUUUGCCACAGUUUGUCAUUGCCGUCCAUUCCAGCCUUAUGCAUCUUUAACUGUCCACGUUCUCAGUUAGUUUACUCUUUUUCGUCUCUAAUAUCUGUUUACUUCAGCCAACUGUUAUUUUGAGAUUUUUUAUGUAAUUUAAACAUCUCUAUGACGCUAUGAUAUUGUGACUAAGCUUUUCCCAAGACCUAAAUACUGUACAAGGAAAUUAUCUGCGAAUUCUCCGCGAAAUCGAAUAAUAUCCACCGGUUUAAUAUGUAUGAAUCGAAUAUAUAUAUGUUUUGUAUCACCUCUUAUCUGCUAUAAAGUUUAUUGAUAUUUGUAGGGAGAAGUUCCUUUAUUGCCACUCCUUGGAAGGAAAUGUUGAAGAGUCAAACGCCUCUUCACUCGUCCUUAUCGACACUACUACAAAAUUCAAAAUUCAGGAAUUGUGGAAACAUUAAAAACAGAAAGUAUAAGGUGUCAUUUUGGCUGAGGUUGGAUAUUAUUUUAAAAUGUCGCUGGAGAAACAUUUAAAAGUACUGCGGUACGUUUCUCGACUUUGUUCUUGUCAUUAAACAUGAAAAAUUGCUUCAAAACAAGUUUCGCGCUAAAAUAAACAUGAUAAUGUAUUUUUGAGCAAAUUUAAUAAUCCGAGUAUAUGCUCAGGAAACAUGUAUGAUUUACAUUUGCUAAAUUGAUUCGCUCCGCCCUGAUAUUUACCCCAAUUUUCAACAGCCAGUCACCAGUUCACACUGUCCGUUGAUUUUGUUUUUUCCCACUUGUCUGUUUGGUUUGGGCGCAUUCUCUGCAACCUCUCCGUUGGGACAGCGAGUCAUUUGAAAAACGCUUAUCAUUUGUUUUCAACUACGUAAAAUGUACGGAAAAUAAGCAAACUGGUCAUCAGGAAAAUAAUCUUUUUCUUCGGUAGGAGCUCUCUUGUUAAAUCUCGAGAUAGCAGGUAUUUUUAUGUAAAAGUUAAAUAUUCAUAGAUUGAUAACGCUAUGGAAGAAAAUUAAACGAUAAGAAAUAUCUACCGCGGAAAAGGAAAAAAAUAGCCCCGGAAAAUAUUCCCCGGCUGUUUUGUUUUCUCGUCUCUUUGAUAAAUGAAGUUUUACAAAAAUUUUAACGUUGUCUAAGUCCCAUUGAGUUUCAUUGUGUUCCAAAGCAGCAGCUGCAGCUGACUGCUUGUUGUAAUUUUAAUGGACCGAAGCAUGGCUCUCCAAUUGCAUCUUUUAUUUUCUCGUCUUCUCUGUAAAAAAGCAAAACUCCCAUGCAGGUUUAUUUAAGACUGAUGUAUUUUCCAAUCAGUUUAAUUUCAUGUUUGUAAACGGCUGUGAUAUUCGAUCGCUUGUUAAGAAUUUUUUUUUUCGGAAGGGUUCAAAGAAAGAGAGGCCAUCAAACCACGGGAAAAGAAAAGAAAAGAAAAAAAAAAGGCGAAAAAUUGAGAUUAAGUUUAUCUCUUUCUUCAGCGUAUUUGUGAUAGAUCUAGGCUUUUCUUGUUAGCGUCGAUAUCAAUAUAACUAUAGGAUGUUAUGGUUUAUCAUAGUUUAUUAAUUUUUUAGUUAUUAAAUAUGAUUCUGGGCUCACAAUUCGAGUCUAAUGAGAGAAGGGAGCGGGAGGGGAGGGUGGGGCAGGGAAGGGGAGAGCGGGUGGGGGGCUGCGGGGGAACUAAAAACAAGUUUCAUGUAACGAUAUCCUUCCCUCGACAACUGUUGCAAAUUUUGACCCGGUUGACAGAUUAAGAACAAAAAACAGAGCUCUUUCUAACCUGAUAAAUUUUGAUACAGACCAGGGUGAGGGAGAGUUAAAAAAAACCCCGGCUUGAUUUCUGAACCUUUUCAAGUACUUCACAUGUUUCAUCCUUUAGGAAACACACUUUUCGUCACCCUUUUCUAUACCACGACUUGUAAAAUCCUUUCCGUUGAUGGGAAAAAGAAACUUUUUCAAACGGAAUAUCAUCUCAAUUCGUAAAAGCAUGAAAUAUUUUCGGGGCAGUCAAUUUUUACGACUGAUCCUUGAUCCGCAUAAGUUUAACGAGGUCUUUGAUGUGAGAAGUACUGGUACAGUGCGCUUUGCCACUAAACAAUUAUAAUAUCUGAGAAAAUUAUACGUCCUUCCUUGAUUGUAACACAUAAACUCCCAAGGUCUGGAUGUUAGACCUCUCCUUUAGCUACUAAACAUCUCCUUUUAAAAUGGUAACGAGAAUUUGGUGUUAGAUCAAGAUAACAGCUUCAACUGAUAAGUUUGACUAUUCUCACAACCUGUUUGCUGGUUUAUGUACGGAUAUCAUUGGGAGAAGAUAUAUGUUAGUCACUUCUGGGAGUUAAACGGUUAAUCAUGUUCUGCUUCUUAAACAUGAAAUAAAAAAAAAUUUAGUUAAUCCCAUCUAAAAUUUUAAGACGCAAAUAGGAACCAAUCUGCAAAACAAACCUCCCGCCAAAUUUUCAUGCCAAAUAAGCAAUGGCCCUUCCUUUGUGAAAAGGAACGUUCCCCUCGUUUCGGGUCUAUGACAGAAGUGCUCGUUCUUCAACGAUGGUAAGUCUUGGCAGUUUUCCUGCAGAUUAUUUUGCCUUUUUUUGCCAUUAAUUACCGCCUUCAGACAAGGAUUACCAGCCCCUCAAUUUUCUUGUUAUCGUACGUGCUUGGGUAAAAUUUUGUUGAGCUGCGAGGUGUCUCAGUCACCUGUGCUGGUGUUUUAAGCUGUCAGCCGCAUUUUGCGAGAUAUUUAUAUGGUAGCUCUUGGACACCCUGCAAUACAUGCUUUGUGUUGAUUGGAGACUUCAAAACCUCUUAAGAACCCUACACCACCAAAAUAUACACUUAUCAGAUCGUAUCUCAUGCAUUUGCCCACAGACCCUAUAGUCCGUAUAUUUACCGUGAAUAUAUCCUAGAUACUGAACGUAGCUAUUUUUUCUAGACUGAGUCAGACGAUUCUUCAACAACACUUGCCUCAGGGUAAGUAAAACUAAAAUAUUUUUUUUGCAAAGAUUUGCUUGAAAAUUUUCUUAUUUUCCUUUGCUUAAGUGCUUCCGAUUUUUUGGAAUCUAAAAUUAUCGUGAAGGAAAUGUUUUUUAUACGUUUCUUGUUCUGCUGUUACUUUAUUUUUAUUUGUAUGGAUAGUGAAAGAUGAAACAGCGGGGAAAUAACUAGAUAAAUCGAGUCUGAGAUAACUUGCCUCAACGUAAGCUUUUUUCUUGCAUUUUUAUUAUAUCGUUACAAUUCAGGGGUCAAAAUUAUCAACUGGUGAAUUCGACAAAUGCCAAAUCGCUCAAGGUACUUAUUCGGACUGUAAUGACCUGGCCUAGCAAUAUCCUUUCCUCAUUUGGAAUUGUAGCUUCAUUUUAAAUACCUAUUUUUUAUUAUUAUUUUUUUUUAUGUUGUCGACGUUUUUGGAACGUCGCGCCUUUUAGCUUUUCCCAAAGUUAAUGACUGAAGUUAUAUUUUUAAUUCAAAUCAAGUAGAAACUUCAAACAGCGAUCGAGGAGCAUACGAGAAAAACAAGAUUGAAGUUCGUCGCCUUUCAAAACCUUUCAUUUGUUUCGCGUGGGUUCUUCUUUGUUUGCGGAUAACCUCAUUUGCCUGUCAGUCAAAAAAAGUGCAAAGACAACAUUGUUUGCCCUGUAAAACAUUUACAAUGCCUUAAAUAUUAAAGAAUGCUUUAUGUGUUUCCAACAUGUGACACAUGACAAAAGCGGUGAACAAUUGAUUCGGCUAUGGAGCAAUAAAUUUUAUCUUUAUUUGGCCAAAUUCCGUAAACGCAGGACAAGCACUUAUUGCAAGGAUUUGUCGAAUUUAGUAAUUAGCGACGAAACUUUUUUUUUUUCAAGGUUUCUUUACAGAUACGUAAAACAUGACGAUAAUUUACUCUUGAUGUGGCAUUUUUCAGAUAGAUCUCGUUCUCUUUUUGAUUUCGUGUAAUGAAAUGAUAGAUUUACAGAAAUAGAAUGAUAUAUCUUCACACAGACGCUCCGGAUACUUCUGCUAUCAGUCUACGGAGGUAAAUGAAUUUGCCGCCUUUCCGGUAGAAAUGAAAAAGCUCUUUGCAUACUAAAUCACGUUAAGACUGAAGUUUGCUCAAAGUUCGUGAAAUAGCGAAAAACAAUUUAGAUUGCAAAAUUCUAAUGAUCAUAAUUGUUUCUUUUCAUUUAUCAUGAAACGCGAAUAAAUCCAUAUGCAGGGACAAAAUAAUUUAACCUUGUUAGUUUCCAAUCAAGGUAAUGAAAUGAUAGCAGUCCGAUGAUGUACACGAAUUUUGACAUGGCCUCAAAGUAAGAAACGUAAAUAGCUCUUCUUCUUGAGUAGAAAUGUAAAGGGAUGGCGGAAUCUAGAGAGUACAAAUCCCAUUUUCAUAACCUUUUGUUCAGAUCUCAAUGUUGGAUCAAGACAUGAUGGCCUUAUGACCAGUUAAAUGGACGGAAAUACGUGAUACAUUGAAGUCCAAAGAAUUUUUUACCUAAUUUAUUUUUUCCUAAUUUAUUGUGGAAGAGGAGCUCCAUGUUCUGCUACAUUUUUCUCAGAAAGGUUAAAAAGCGAACAUGAGGAUAAUUUAAAUUUUCUACUUUCUGCAUGGGAACAAAUGGUGGAUAACAUGUUUGCUGAUCAGAACAAUAAUCCAACGCAAACAUGGCGAGGACCAUUUUAUUCAACGAUGCACUGGCUAUUCAGUUGAGCUGUGGGUAAUUUCUUACGAUUUGCAGUAUGUAUUUCAGGAUACGCAGCAGAAUAAAUUUUCUUUUUUAUUAGGAACCAGACUCAAUGUCUCUAACAGAGACAAAUGUGCCGCUGCACAAAAUGGAUUGUUUUAAAACACACAACUAGACAUUUUUUCAGCCACCGAGACUCAAUUUUGAUUGAUUAAAAGUGUCAAAGAUCUAAGGAAUAGUUUUAAGCCAAUAGAAAUAAUAAUUGAGGUGCGCCACUUUAAUUUCGUCUCUUAUGUUUUUGACAAGCAUUACACUGAUCAAAUGAUUCUCUUUGUGUUGAAUGGGCAGGUGGUGAUACACAGCUGCAAAUACAAGAUGCAUGGUUGUUAGAUAAAGAACUUAUAUCAGCACAUCUUUCUGCUUGUUGGACAGUUCCCUCUGGCGUUAAAAGUCACCGGUUGAGUUCGCUCGACGUACAACCAGAAUGCAGGGAGGAAAUUUUACGCACCCGCAAAACGUAACUCAAUUUGACUCGAUAUCCAGCUAUACAGAA